UGCGAAAUCGCGCGCGGGACGGAAAGACGAGUUGUCUUUCGAAUCCGCCGGCUGUGCAUACCUCGUUCGGCCGCUGGGCAGUCGGUCGGUGCACGAAAUUCCGAGAAGCGCCGGCCCUUUACUCGGCUCGCGGCGUAUACUCGGCGCAAAGAGACGAGUUCUGCGAUUGCGAAGGACCGGGACGGGAGACACACUCGAGACGCACGGAAGCGGGCUUCGCUGCAACGGAUUUUACGAGAUAAGAGUCGGCGACUGAACUGAGUCAUUUCAAUACGAUCCUUAAAUAGCAGAUCGAUGAACGAUGCUUUAUCAGCGCAAUCUCUAACUUUUAUCUUUUACGUAUUAUUUUAACGCGAAGACAAAAAUGCGCGUAAUAUUGCUGCGAGAAAUACGUGUCUCUCUUUUCACAGCUAUGUGAACAUAUCUGCGAUAUAUUUAAUACUUGAUCGACCUCUUUUGUUAUCGCGUUAUUUUGCACAGUACAAUUGUUCGAAUGUUUCUCAUUAUUUCAAAAGAAAUUUGAGAAAUAAAUUUUACGUUCUUUUAAUAAGUUCGAAUGCGUGGUUAAAGGUUGUCUGAUAGGUUAAAGACGUCUGAUAGAUUUACCGACAAAGAAGUAAUUAUUUUCGUUUGUGGAAACGCUAUAUAUACACAUGGAUUUCUCGGAAACAUCAGUUUCACUCCAAAUUGAUUGCGUUACUGCUACUCAACAUAUGUCACACACAUUUUAUAUACAUCAUAAAUAUUUUUUAACAUUUAAAGCACAUUAAACUCGCAAUCAUCGGUUCUCAAGCAAAAAAAAACACAUCGUAUGCGUACAAAACUUUAUAUCGAAACGUCAUAUUUUAUUAGAAAUCAAUUACUUUUUUAUAAUUAUUAUUUUCUUGUGAUAUCUGCAUCCUACUUAAAAUAUAAAUAUCUUUUAACAUUUGGAAUCGUAUUUCGGUUGCAAACGUCUUUUGACAUUUGGACAUUAAAAUCGUAGAAUUCAAACGAAUUGUAAAGAUGCAAUAAUUGUUUCUUCCCGGAAGAGAACAUCGCACCUAAAUAUAUAAAAUUUAUCUUUUUCUAAUUAUUAUCCUCGCGACACAAAGUUAUCCAAAUGUCCUAUAAAUACCUUCCUACAAAUGUUCUACAAAUAUCUGCCUUCUACAAAAACUGGAAUCACGGGAAAUUGGGAUCGCGAAACGGGAUAUACUUCACGUUUGGAGAAUUCCAGUGUCGAGAAUUACGCGCGAUUCCGCGAUUUGCGAUUCCGCGUUGUCAAGAGCGCAAAAAGAGCAAUAAAGGACGCAAAGUACCAUUUGACGCGCGAUGAGUGCCGCGAAUUGCGGAUAAUGUAGGGGGGUUCGGUACUGACGAGCGAAUAAAUUUCCGCGAAUUACUACGAAACGCGUAUUAGUCCGGCGCUAACUUAUCGCGUAUUUUACGUGGGAAGUGCUCCCAUGUAUUCACCCUAUUCGUCGUUCCGUCGCUCGCGCACGCACUCACCGCGUCGCGAUCGCUCGUUCUCUCGCGCACUGCGCAAGCGGCGCGGCGGCGGCGAGUCUUCUCUCGGUCGCCUGGUCUCCUCGUAUAGCGGCGGUGGAUAUAUACACGCGCGCAAUAUCAGCGGCGAGCAGUCGACACGCGGCACUCGUUCGAAGUGGGUCUUUUCGUGCUCUCCUUCCGUCCUCCUCUUGCGGCCGAGGGGAGAGAAAAGGCACGUAGCGAAUCGCAGAAGAAAGAGAGAAGUGAGUCGUGAGAGAAGAAGUGUCGUAUCUUAUCUCGAUCUUCCCGCUCGAUAGCCAGAAAUCGUCGAGAGCAUCCGCGGUCACGAUAUCGCUCAUUAACUUCGGAUUGAUUACUCGCGCUUUGCAUUAUCGUGAUACCGCGUGUUACGCGAUGACGUCGCUCGCCAACGGAAGAAAGCAGCAGCAGCAGCAGCAGCAGCACGACGAAGCGAGAUCGCCCCGACAUCGGACAUCCGGUUCCAGCAGUCCGCGCUCCGAUCUUCGCCGCGCUCUUAGAUUACCGCGCGCCGACUGCUGAGUGAACUUCGAUCGAAGACCUCGUUCGAUCGCGCGUCAGCGAAACGAGAUCAGCGUUCACACGGAAACGGUAUCUCCCUCCGCCGUGAACUUCGCGAGAACAACGUAAAGGAACGCGGAAAUAACCUAACCUAUCUGGAUAUUGCUGCUUACUUCUUAAAGAAUUCGCCUGUGAAAGAUACUGUGUGGUUGGUUUAUUUUUCGGAGAAUCUAGCGAGAACAUUCGGCGGCACGAUCGUCUUCGGACGACUCGGUGGAUCGCGAAGCGUUCGGGACGUGCACUUUCGCGCGCUCCGAUAAGAAGCAGCCGGCGUGAGACCGGCGGAAGAUCGUGUGACCCGGCUAUGGGCAAGCUCCCAAUAAUCCCUCGAGGUGAUACCACUCGCGACGACGCAAGGGCGGCCAGCGGGGAGCAGGUAGAGAAGACGGCAACGACGGCGACGGUGGUAGCGCGAUUCAGCGCGAUCGCCGAUAGCGCUGCCGCCGAUCGCGAUCGUCGAUUACCAGUCGCGAGCGUAUUGACGCGCGGAUCCGCAUCGGCAACGAGAUGUACGCGAGAGAACUCGGCGGACGGUCGUCCGAUUGGGAAGAUCGCUGACGCGAGGGUGAUCGCUCGAAGGCGUCGGGACGCGGACCUCGUCGGCGCGAUUACGCGGCUACGCAGGAACACGUGGCACGCCGAAGGUGAAAGCGAGGCCGUCGAGGUUGUUAUCGACACUUCGUUGAACGAAUGGAGAACCAACGCUGUCGGCAAUAAUGUCCGAGAGAACCGCAUCUCCGACAGGCCGGACGUGCUUCGGGAUGCCAGGAUCGCCGGCGACGAGCACACUUGUUGCGUCGCGAUCGACGUCCCGUUGUUCCGCGCGCGAAGACACGAUCGAGUCGAGCGGCGGAAUCGGCGAGUCGGCGGUGUCUUACCGACUCGCAGCAGGUCUAUCGGUGCGCCGAUCGACAUCGCGCGGGUCGAAAAGAUACUCUGGUGUGGCAAUACGGUGGACAGUAUUACAACGGGACGGCGGGAGGACCGAGAUCGGUUCUUCGUGCCGUUCGCGAAUAUUUUCAAGUGCGACGGGCGUAUCUCGUCUGACGAUACCACGAAUAUCGUCUUCGGGAUCCGAGAAUCGAUCGGCAGCGGCGUUAACACGGAACACACUUGGACCGGUAGUGAAUCCGGCGAUCCCGCCGAUUGUGUGUCGUCGCAUCGAGGCGGAUCUUCCGCCAGACUGACCGAGAUCGCUAGCGUCGAAUCCUCGUGCGAGAAGCGGCCGUGUACCUUCGGCGAUGGGGCGGAUGCAUCGUCCUUUUCGCAACUUUCCGCGAAAAUCGAUCCCGGUGAACGAAAGCGCGCCAGGACGGACGCGUGCUUGAAGCCGCCAAGAAUCGGUCUCGUUCUACGAGCUAUUCUUCUGGGAGUAUUCGCGAUGAGCUUACUCUGCGAUGCGGUGCUAGCCGCGCCGUCGCCAUUGGACGUGAUGGAAAAUUUCGAAGACGGCAUCGGAGACGAAAAACCGGCGAUGCCGGGAAAUCAUCUCGGCGACAACGAGCUCGAGAUCAUCAGGAGGAGCAUCGUCCAAGGUCUCGGGCUCCAGAGGAUACCUGAUUCGUCGAAGGCGAACGUGAGCCAGACCGAGUACGAGAGAGCGCACAGAGAGUACCUGAAACAAGUGCAGCUGUCGCAGGAUGGGCAGCAGUCUAGAACGCGGCGGGACCUCCACGUAUUCCAAACUGCGGAGCAUCCGUGGAACGGUUCACUCGUCAGCCGGAGCGGAGGGAAUCACCGUCACUCCCUGUACUUCCCCGUCGCGGUUUCCGGCGACGCGGCGGACGUCACGGUCGAUCACGCGUCCCUGAGAUUCCUCCUCCAGGACGACGGCGGGCGAGCACCGCGCGACCUGGAGACGCUGGUCUACUUGCGCACGCCGGUGUCUCGGCGUCUCCUGCUGCGGCACGUCGUUCCUCAACGGGAGUCGGCGGACUCGCGAUGGCUGGAACUGGAUUCCACCGAGGCGGCUGUCAGCUGGCUCGAACAGGACCUGGAGAACCACGGCCUCGAGCUGGAGUUCCGUCACGACGGCGAGCCGACGCGGCGCGAGAUCUCCCAUCCGGCCUUGAAUGUGUUCACCGUGUCGGAAUCCGGCUCGAGCAGGAGAAAGCGAUCCACUCCCGAGGAGUUGAUGCCGCUGCACAAGGGCCGGCGCAGCAAGUGCAAGGGCGACAACAACAAGAAGUGCUGCCGGCACGAGUUGACGGUGAUGUUCAAGGAUCUGAAGGGCUUCGAGUUCAUUGUGUACCCGAAGGGCUUCGACGCCGGCUACUGCAAGGGCCGUUGCCCGCCGCGCUACAAUCCGGCGCAUCACCACGCGCUGCUGCAGAGCCUGCUGUGGAAGGAGGACCGGAAGCGGGUGCCCAAGCCGUGCUGCGCGCCCAGCAAACUCGAUCAACUCACGAUCGUCUACUUCGACGAGAACGACGCGUCGCAGCUGAAGGUGUCCUACUGGAAGAACAUACAGGUGCUGGAGUGCGCCUGUUCGUGAGGUGGAGCAAGGGAGCGUAGCAGUCUCACCAUCGCCGAGGACUCACCAAAGAAUCGUCCGAAUCGCGGCUCGGUGGUGCCCGAAAGGCACGCACGCACGCACGCACGCACGCACAUCCGCGUGAAGGAACGUUAAAAAUAUCAACGACGAUAUAAGUAAAGGCGAAAUAUAGGAAGAGAAUUAUAGUCGUCCGAACAAUAUUAGGAUUUUUGUGCAUCUACCGCCCCCGAUCCCUUCGGACAUCCAUUUCUUUUUUCUUUUUUUCUUUUUUUUUUCUUUUUAGGCUCGUACGAUUCAAACGAUCUGAGGCAUCACCGAACACUUAGACCCUGCGACUCACUGAGGGUCUCGCACAUUGACUGUGAUACUAACGAUAUUUACUUGUCAUUAUAUUCCUUAUAUAUAUAUAUUAUGUAGCGAUCGUAUUUUGUAUCAUUAGAACGUUUUUGCUAUAUUCAGACUUGG